AUGAACGUGGUCACCGAUCCCUGUGUCAAUUGCGGAUACCCCAGGUGUUCGCGUUGUCGCGUCGACAAAUUGCACGUUCGGCAACACUUACACCACGAUACUUCCCACGGUCAGCACAGUCACGGCAGUUGUACGUAG